UCUUUGUUUCAGUUGGUCGGGGAUUCGAUGCUUGUUUGAUGGCGCGGUGACGCAGCAUGCGGCUCGUGCCGCUAGCCGCGAUACUGCGGCUGCUGUUCAUCGCAGGCGGCGCGAACUUCGUCAACCCAUACGCAAACGACGACCGGCCUGACCUCACCCAAGUAUGGGUGGAGAUCCCCCCAGCGCUGGUUGCGCUCGGCGGCGAUGUGCGCGUGCGCGUGCAUGGAGCGCUAGGAGGCUCCGCGCUGCGCGUGCGACUCGCGCGCGAAGACGACUCCGGCCGCGCACAGCUCGCGACCAUGCCUCUAGCACUUGACUCCGAGGGCAGAAUAACACUGCCCUGCGGAUACUUCUCCAGAGGAGGCGUUUACUACCUAGAACUCGUUAGUGAUAAAGAAUUUCUCGACUACGACAAUGUUAACAUUAGCGAUACAAAAGAAAAAGACGCUGAACUCAACUUGAAUAAAGAUAAUGAUAACGCAAGAAGUGAUACUAAUAGUGAAAAUAGAAUCAAAAGAGAUGUAGACAGUGAUGGUGUGAUAAUAGAAACGGGUGAUAGUGUAGUGAAGUUUUGGAAGUUCGAUGUUAUGUGGCCUACGGCUAAGUUGGACGUAACGCCGGAACAGAUACAGACGUAUCCCGAGAGGCAAGUCACGGCGAUUCUGGAGUUUCCGAAGGUGGUGUGCACUCCUGUGGAGUCGAGUGCUGACUUUUGGUUGGAGCUUUUGUAUUGUGGACAUUCAAGUGGCGGUGCAGUUUUAUGUGAUGGCAAGAACACCAGUUCCAAUGCACACGUCUUAUAUUCUGAACAGAUGCAUGGUUUCCCGGGUCGACGGACAUUGACUCUUCGGUGUGAGCUAUUCGGACAAGCCGGGGACUACGCGCUGACGCUUAGACCAGCGGCUGCAACAGGGCCCCAAGAUUUUGCAUCAGCUUUCAUUAAGGCUGAUUGGUCGGAACAGUUCGUGUUGAACGUUCACGGAGGAUCGGUGCUGCCGUGCAGUGAUGGUUUCCGAGUGCUGUUCCAGUAUCCCGAAUGUGUGUUAGAAGGCGCUGACAGAGUGAGAGUGUUCGGACGCGACGGGGAGCGACUACGCUAUGUCGCCGAGCAGCGGGUUCGAAGAGGACAACAUACCGCAUCGUUCGACUGCCGGUUGUUCAGCGAGCGGUAUGCGGAGUACUGCUUCGUGUACGUGUCGCAGGCGGUCACCGGAGCAGUGACCGAUGUCAGAAUGGACUGCCUGCCUACGUCACCGCUCUCAGAGGGCGGUGCCGGCGGUUGGGGCGAAUGGUCUGCUUGGUCGCCGUGUCCUGCGCCCGCGCAUUGUUCGACGCGCACGCGAAGCCGGCACCGCUUCUGCGACUCUCCGCCGCCCGCGUACGGCGCCAAAUAUUGCGAGGGUGAAGCUGUGGAGUUAGAAGCCUGUGAAUGUAGUGCCCGUCCAUGGGCUGGUGAUUCUUCAGUGGUGGUGGCAGAAGUCGGUGCCAGAUGUCGCUGCGGCUGUGUACUGCAUCUGGCACCCACGGCACGUUUACUGGCGGGCUCUGCUAGAGCGUGCCCCUCCAGAUCAUUUUGGCUGCUUCAGGCUGAGGAAGGCCUAGUGGUGCGCCUCCGCAUGGAGUCGGUGCGUCUGCCGUGCGCAGGACAGGCGCUGCGGGCACGGGAUGGAGACUCGCUCGGGUCGCCCCUACUCGCCUCGUGGGACGGGCCCGACAGCUCCGCCGCAGUCGGCGACGUAGAGACCACGACGGACAGCAGUGGGGUGAUGGAGAUAGCCGGUGGCCGUCACAUUUUGGUAGAGCUGCGCUCCUCGGACACCAGCGAGAGGUGUGCCGGUGGCUUCUUAGCGCACGCUAGUCAAGUUGAACCAAUCAGGAAUGCGUCAGCGGCAUGGGCUGUGGUGAGCGGCGCCACCUGGUGGAGGGGGGGCGGCGGGGCUCGAGGUGCCGCCGUGGCGCUGGCGGCCAUCGCGGCGCUCGCGGCGCUGUGUCUAGCACUACACUCCGCGCACCGCACCAGGGCGUACCAGCGGGCGGCCGAUAAGGAGUCCCUAACUGACAGCGACGAACCCGGGCUGACGGCCAUCGCGCCGAUGUUUCUAGUGCUGCAUUCCACGCACCGCACCAGGGCGUACCAACGGGCGGCCGAUAAGGAGUCCCUGACUGACAGCGACGCAUCUCUGGAGAUGGGCGCGGCGACUGCUGGCUCCAGGAGCACGUUACUCUCCGAGGUGGUGGGAGGCGGCGUGUCGCUGCGACGUCUUCUGCCUUCGGGGAAGACUCGACACACCAGACUCCAUAACUCUGACAGGACCUCGGAAAAUGUAGACCAGAGCGACAACGCUAGUGUCGCGAGCGCACGCAGCGCCGCUAGCCAGGCGACGAUCACACCAGAAACCGUGUCAUCUAGCAGCGCGCCAGUAACGAGUAGCAACGUAGCGCCAUCGCCGUUACGUCGAUCUCAUACAGUUACCGCCACUUCUAACGUCACUGUAUCUACGAGUGUGUCUAAGGUCACGUCACCACCUCACACGUCAACCGCCGAGGAGGCGGUGACUGUCGACCUGAGCACUAGUGCAAGCAGUGUGAGCGAGAGGGACGAUAGUUGCAGCGAGAAAGACAAGGACAGCUUGUGGGAGAAGGAUCGUAGCCAGAGCCGAGCGUCUUCUACCACUUCGGCCGCAACUCUCACCAACGGUUGGUAUUCGCCAGCAUUGAGCGGAGUUGCGUCUGCUAGAAUCCGGGACAAUCCGAAGCACACAAAGGAGAGCUGCAACCGCCGCCUUCUGAGGUCGGACCUGAGCCUCACUUCGCACCCGGAGAUGGAGAUCGACUACUAUGACUAUGAAGUCAACAAUGCUGGUUCCGUCCCUGGCUCAUACUUGGGAAUGGAUCCAGCUUUCCUAGUGUGGAUACCGCCGCUCGAAGAGGGAGACAUUCUGAAAGAAAUGGAUGAGAAUAAAGAACCCGUUUAUGAGGAAGUUCUUCCGAAAGAACUUCACCCAGAUCCGGGCAGUAACACCGAAUCGCCAGAAGAAAGACCAUCAUCCAGCUCAAAAAAGAACUCCGACAAUCGUUCUAAUAAAUCCAAUGAUUCCAUCAAGUCUAUCCGUAAAGUCAUGGACAGAGGAAACGUUAUACACCCGCUGAACUUCAGCAUAAGUGAUUUGCAAAAUUCACCUAAACUGGGCAGGAAGAGUAAGAAAAAGAGAGAUGAUAUUCCAGUGACUAUACAAAUGAAAGACUUGACCCUAACAAGAUCCCCAGUAAGAGUGCACAGAAAAGAGAAUAAGAACGAAUAUGACAGUAAUUCUUCGACAUUGAAGAGAGUUAACGAUACUGCGAGAGAAACUAACGUCGACACACUCAAACGAUCAGACUUCAAUGAUUUGAAAUUUACAGAUGAAUCUACUUCAGAUUCAUCAGGUGAAAUCAAAUUCGCCGACGAUUCACCUGACAGUAAUAGACUUGUCGACAAAUAUGAGGUCAAAGUAUAAGCGGAACAAGAACAUGAAAAGUUCCCAGUAAAUUUGUGUAUGGCCUAAGAACUUUUGGGAUCCUAAUUCUUUUAGACCCAUUCUUCAAAGUUCUAAGGUAUAGAAAUGAUAUUAUCUGUCCAAUUCAAACUUCUAGAACCUAUUAUUUAGAAGAAUAUUGUUUAAAAUCAUUAAUCCAUUAAGCCAAAGAUUUUAAUAACCCAAAAAUAAUUUCCGAUAGUUAUGAUAAGGACCAAUGUGAAUAAAUCCAUAUUUACCUAAUCUUUCAUAUCAUCAAAUCGUAAAUUGUAGCACGAUAUAUAUUUUUAAGAUAAAUUUUCAUCUAUCACUUUCACCCAUAUGUUAAAAGUAGAAUCACAUUAGAGUAAAAAUAGGAUUUUAUAAAAGUGUAUUUGUCAUUUGAAUGAUGAUAUAGCCCGUAGAAUGUGAAAAAACGUGGUAAACCAAACCAAUCAGUAAAUUUAUCAAUAACAAAUAAAACUGAUAAGCUAAAAACCAAAGUUCUUCAUGAAAAAUGUAAACUCAUUAUGUAACUUAUAUGAAAUGCUAAAACUAUAAGUUUAAAUAUUGUUCGCAUAAUACUGUCCAUUGUCUAUCGAUCAACAUGGUUGGUAAUAGAAUGUUUAAAGAAAACAGAGCGCUCUGCUACUAAAUUUUAGGGUUUCUUUUGGUUUGGAUGGUUGUAAAAUGGUACGUUCGUAGAUUUUACACGUUAAUUUCCGCUUUGGCAAAAUGUUGAAAGCUUUCCAUGUCGUCAGCACUAGCCUUCAUCUUUACGAGCUAACAUUGUAAUAUGUUGGAUGGAGCUAUGUUUUUAUUAUAAAGAUAUUUUCACACUUUUUCCGAAAACUAUGACAACACUAAAAUUUCAGUAGGUGUCAGAGUAAGACCUAUUUCGUUUCCAUAAAAGAAUUAUGUAAGAUGUAAUAGAUAAUCAUUUCAGUAAUAAAAGAUAUCGGAUUUGGUAAAACUUUGUAAAUAGUUGAAUACAUACCACUGAAAUUGGCAAUUUCAAGUUACACCAUACUCAUCGUGUGUCAUCAAAACUAUUUCAUUUUAAACAUUAAUCUAUUAUUUCAACUUUUAGAAGACUGACUAUUUCGGGCAGUGCAAUACGUUCCAAAAUUAUUGAUUUAGCGAUGUCAUUAUAAUUUUAAGGAUAACCUUUUAAAAUGGUGAGUGUGAACAGUAUUUGAAAGUAUUGUGGCAAUAAUAAUUUAUCUGAGAGCUGAGUGCGAAUUUCGAUCCCUGUCGCGUCUAUGUAAGCAUAUUUUUACACGAUUAUUCCAUAAAGAUUCAUCAUGCUUGAAAGUUUAUUUAUUCCGUCAUAACUUUACAUUUGAACGGAUUUUUAAGGAAUGGUUAAUGUUUAUAAUACAGUUACUAAUUUUAAUCAUUUCGUUCAUUACAAUGGUUCAAUACAUUUUCGAUAGAUGGUGUCCAACAAUGCCAUACAAGAUUCUGGAUAAUGCACAUUGAGUGUGUUGAAAAUUCGUACUCAACGCCCAGUUUUGCUCUAGUCAUUUUGUGUGAUGACACUAGGAUCGCAUUUCGAUCUACUUUAUUUAAUUAGUUUCUAAGAUCUCCUUGCGAAAUGAUGCAUUUAUUAUUUUUAAUGUCUCUCUUAUUCAGUGUUGAUUGAGUGUUAUUAUUUAUUUCAAUGCUAUUGUAAACUUAUAUGCUUAGUUAGUAAGUAAAAAUGA